GUACACUUAUCUUAGUGUCGUGGUUAUAACAGCAUAUUACAUAUUAUAUCUCUUGUAUUGUAAGGCCUUUUAUCGUCUUGACCGCCAAGUGUUCGUUUUUUAUGACUUCAGACUUACAUUUACUUUUACUAUAUUUCAAAGUGAUUAUAUAUAUAUACCGAUCACAGAAGGAGUGUAAUUUAAUAUAAUAUAAGUAAGUCGUUUUAAUAAAAUAUAUUUUGAAGUGCGCAUCGUGUAAAUAAUAUAAAAAAGGUACUACCUACGUAGACGCGUAGUAUUAUUUUCCGUUUCGACGUAUUUUUAUAUAAUAUAAUAGAAAAUAUAUACAUCAUAAAUCAUGGGUUUUAUAGACAAAUCGGUCUCGUUUUCUAUUGUGUUUUUAAUCAACUGCAUACUUUCCGUAAGGUCUGACAACUGUCAACCUCUCAUCGAUUUGAUCACCAACAACAAAUUGUACAUGCUAAACGCAUCGGAAAUAGUAGCGUUUUUCCCAAUCGAUUUCAAAUUCGUAACGACCGACUAUGGUGGCGUCACUUGCUCGAGCGGUAAUUGCACAACGUCAAACGAAGUAAUGUACAAGAACAGACGAAUAGUAUCGCUUUCUAAUACAGACUUGGCAAUAAGUGAUAAAGAAUUGUCCGAAGCUAUUUACAACAGUUUGGCCAGUAACACGCAGUUGAAUGAUGUUAUAAGCGUUUUCCCCAACAGAUUUGUGGUGAAAUCACGUACCGAAAAAAAUACUUUUUUGGUUUAUUCCACAGUGUUCGGUCUGAAUAUAGAUAUCCUAAAUCCGGGAUGCGACCGAACAAAGUUUCAAUACAGGUCAAAAAUAGCGAAAAUAAAAGGACUUGUGUGUAAGGUUCAUUUCCUAUCUGGCGUCAGAUAUGGCCUUGAUUGUGGCGAUAUCCUAUUAUUUUUAAAUGCUAUAAACGACGAUAGUGCACUUGACCACGAAACAAAAUGUGAACCUUAAAAAAAUAACAAAAUAUUUUUCAUAAUAAUUUCACUUUCAAUUAACGAAUAUAUACAACUGCAGUGAUGCCAGCUAAGCAUUAUUUUUGUGAAUGUUGAUAGAGUAUAUCGAUCAUGAUGUCAAACAAUACUUUUAAUGCCAAACUUAAAACAAAUCCUAGUUAUUUUUAGACGAAUGAUUUUUAAUUGUUUUUAAAUAACAAAAUAAUUUUUAUAGUACAACACUCACUGUUAUUAUUAAUUGUUAAUGUGGAAGUAUUCGAUAUUUUUUUAUAAGCAAUAUAAAAUGUUUUUGUGUUAGGUAAUACGUUAUUUUAUUAUAAGAAUAGGUAUGUUUUUUUGCUGUGAAAAUUAUUCAAUAUCAUUAAAUGUAUUACAAAAAUAAAAAACAAUAAUCAAUUAAAAAUAAAGGUACUUAAUAUGUAAUAUUGAUAUUUUAAUUGAAAUAAUUAUUAUUAUUAUACGACUCUGAUAUGAGUGGUAUGGAUCACAUCACACACACGAAAUUUCAAUGUCACUUUCAAAUUUCAAACCGUUAAUGCCGUACACUUGGGACCUAAUAGAGCAUGAUCAAUAACUAUACUUAAAGCUAUAAUUGUAUUAUGAUACAAUAGACAUUGUUUUCGAUAGAAAUUGGUUAAGAUAUUGUUUGUAUGGAAAUGGAAUUCGUUGAAGAAAUAAUUAUAUUAUAACCACACACGUAGAACUACGCAACAAUUUUGACUUAAUCGUACGGCUGUACAAGAAAAUCUACGAGGUAUAUAAACUAAUAAAAUAUAUAAUAUCAUAAUUCAUAAUAUUAUGUACCAGCGUAUAAAAUAAUGCAUAGCGACGAAUAAAUGUAAAUUAUGAAAGAAUACUGGUCGAAAUAAUCAAAUCUAUUUGUCAAUAGUUAUUUUAUAUCUGUAAAAUAAUAUGAAUGAAAUAAAACUCACAAAUAAACCGUCAGUGGUGGAUAAUGAAAAUAUAGAUAAUAUCACGUAACCUAUUAAGGUCCACUGUUGUAAAUGUAUAUUAAAGUUUCGAACAAAACCACAGGUCGUACAAAAUAGAUUUACGUAUAUGUAUUUAUUUAUUAUUUUAUAACAAUAAAAUAAAAUAAUUAUAUAUAA